AUGUCGAAACGCUCCCGCGACACCUCCCAAGAGCCACCAGAUGCUCCAUCAACAUCAACACCAUCAACAAUACCCUCAUCUCCACCACGACAUAAAUAUCCUCACAUGGAUCGUUCGUCUGAACAACCAGGUCCCUUGAACACGUUGAUGCACUGCACCCUACCGCCGCAUAAAGGCGACUUAACGUUCCCUACGUACGAAGCGUAUGAAUCGCAUUACUUGCAGACGCAUAUAAACCGGUGUUCGGAAUGUGCGAAGAAUUUCCCGUCGGAUUUACUGCUUACGAGGCAUAUUGAGGAGAAUCAUGAUCCUGUUAUGGAGGAGAGGAAGGAGAGGGGCGAGAAGACGUUUGGUUGUUUUGUAGAGGGGUGUGAGAGGAGGUGUUCGACGCCUCAGAAACGAAGGAGGCAUUUGAUUGAUAAGCAUUGUUUUCCAAAGGGGUAUAAUUUCUAUAUUGUCAAUGAUGGGAUAGACAAGUAUAGCUCCAUGCUCCGGUCGAGCGUGACUAUGCAUAGACGUCGUUUCUCGUUGGAGACAGGCGGUGCUAGUUCGAGAGGGAAUGGCGUUAUAUCUCCGGGCGCAACGCCGUCAAGACGGCGAGACCAUGCUACGUAUGAGGAUGUCAAGGCGAAUGAUGUAUCUUCUGUUAAUGGGCGUGUUGAUGUGGAAGAACAAGAUGGUUUAGACGGUCUUACGAAGUCGAUGUCUGCGCUGAGGUUUGUACCUCAUAGCGUAGCGGCACGGAUGUCAUCGAAGAAAUAA